UCUCGCAUCGCUGGGCCAUCAUCAUUGUCCUCGCGUCGUCCCCAUUUGCCGUCCUCUCCUCCUCUCCGCUAGAGAGAGAGACACAAAAAGAAGGAUAAAAAAAGGGCGAAGGGAGGGAGAGGGAGACAGAGAGAAAAACCGAACCCUAAUGUCGAAGAAGAAAUCCUUCACCGGAUCCACGACGAUGACCCUUAAGGAUUUCCAUGGCGGCUCCAUCCCCUCCGACCUCCCCCUCCCCUCCGCGCCCGGCGUCUCCGUGAGGCCGCCGGAUCGCCCUGCUGCCGGGAGGCCCGACCACCACCGCCUCCGCCCCGGAUCCGCCGGCGGCGUCGCCUCCGCCGGCGGCGUUGUCACCGCCACCGCCGUCCGCGGCUUCGACGAGCGCCCCCCGGCGUUCCUUUCCCAGCCCGUCCACAUCGGCCGCCACUUCGAGGAGGACGAGCGCAAGCCCUUCGACGCCUCCUCCGCCUCCCGCCGGCCCCCCGCCGCCGACCCCGUCCGCCCCCUCCCUCCUCCUCCCGCCGCCAGAUCCGAGCCCAGUCGCCCGAUCUCCGGCCCCGCGGCGACCUACCAAUCCCCCGCUCCCGCCGCCAACGGUCUCUCGCCGUCGGCUCCUGUUCCGAAUGCGUGGGCGGCGAGGAAGGAGGCCGCGGGGGAGCCCGCGGCGGUCCAGCCGUCCCCCGCGUGGUCGGCCUCGAGGCUCGCGCUGGCCAGUGCCGUCGAGAAGGUCACGUCCGGCCGGUGGCAGUCGAAGCUGGCCGAGGUGGAGACGAUCCGAUCGCCCGAAGUAGAAACUGUAGAUCGGAGAUUCGCAGAUAGCGUUAGGGUUGGUGAGGAGGUAUAUUCUGAUCGUGUGAGAUCUCCCGUGAAUGUGGAAACUAAGGAGACUCGCCCGGUUUCCGACGAGGGGAGAUUGGGAAGGCCACAGUUGAACCAGCAAGCUGCGGCGGAAGUGCCUGAGCGUCCAAAGCUGAAACUUUUUCCGAGGACGAAACCACUGGAGCCCUCUGAAACUAGGGUUUUUGAGGAGAAGCAGGAGUACCAACAACCGUUAAACACAGUUCCAGGUGGAAAUUUAUAUGAGACGCAGGGAGAUGUGAAUGCAAUUAAGCCAGGAUCAGCUGGGGCUGAUUCCGGUGGUCCGGUAGUUGAACGUCCUAGAUUGAAUCUGAAGCCUCGAUCUAAGCCCGCUGAGCAGUCUGAUGAAACUGCUGAAAGGGCGAGGCAAAGUGUGUUUGGAGGUGCUCGCCCACGAGAACUAGUUCUAAAGGAGCGUGGGGUAGAUGUUAUUGUUGCUGACGAACUUGAUAAGACUGUACCAACCAACAGGGCUAAAAACGAUCUUCCAAAGACAGAGCCUAAGUUGGAUGCCAGUCCAAGUACCGGGCAAAGGGAAAGGACUGUUGACAGUUUUGUUCCUGCACGAAGGGGCGGAAGGGAUCUUGCCGAUAGAAAAGACAACUAUCGCCCCUCGGACGGUGAUAAAGUAGUGGCUGACACGCCAAAUAGGGGAUCUUCAUCUUCAUGGAGGAAUAAUAACAAUGACUACUUAAACAGGAGGACUAAUAGGGACUCUGAGAAACCACUCGAGCAGCAACAACAACAACCACGCCUGGAACCUGAGACCUGGCGUAAGCCACCAAUACUAGUAGAGGAGCCACCCAAGCCUCAACAAGCUCCUCCCGGAGCCCCCCGCUUUGGCAAAGGCGCAUCUGCAUUGGUGCUUGCUCAAGCAUUCUCGAAGUCAGUAUCGAGUUCAGGAUCAGGGACUGCACUUGUUAGCCAGGGGAGCAAUCUGCCUGGCCGGCAGCAGCAGGUGGCGCCCUUCUCGCGGUUGACCGACAACAACAGGGAGCUGUACUCAGCAAACCCCCAUCAAAGGCACAUUAAUGGAUACUAAUAUGUUUUCUGAGUUAGCUACUGGGUGGAGAAAUCUGCUGCAGUGGGAAAAUAGUGCGGCAGGUGGUCUCUCCAGUGGUCUCUCUUCUCUCAUCUUGUUUCGGUCCAAUUCUGUUUUUUCAGCUGAGAGGUGUCUCUAGCAGAUUACUCGUAGGAGAGGGCAAGAUACAUGACCUUUAGCACCUUCAUUCUCAUAAAACAAGGGCGGUGAUAUUAGUAGAGCAGAACUUGUUAUUAAUAGAGAGACACAUUGGAUCCGCUCAAUCCACGUUCAAAUGGUAGGAUGUAUGAUCAAGUUUAAUGAAUCUGCUCUGUGAAUAACAAUUUUAGCUCUAUUGAUAUCACCGUUCUAUAAAAUGAUGAGGUGGUGAUUAAAGAAAACAAAAAUGUUUUCAUCUGUAUGUUGGAUUGUAUGAAAUAUCGAACGACGACAAUUACAAUUAUUCUCGUAGGAUUUGUUUCAAUGGACUCAGAUAAACUGCUGGACAUGGAAAAACUCAUGUUCGAACUUGUGUUAUGCACUUGUGUUAUGCUUAAACGAGCCUGUUUUGUGUUAUGCUUAAA